AUGACAUGCAGCCUAUGUGGUGUUCAAGGGCAUAACAAGAGAGGUUGCAAGAAUGUACCUACAGAGACUGUGCGCAUGGGUGCAAGUGAGUCAACUAGUAGCCGUGCACAGAAUGUACCUACUGUACCCAUGCACCAUAGAGGUGUAGGUGUAUACACCUACCCAAGUGGCUACCAAAGAGUUGCUACUCUCCAACCACAGCAGCCACCACAGCAACAGCAGCCACCACAACAGCCACCACAGCAACAACAGCCACCACAGCAACAGCAGCCACCACAGCAGCCACCUACUCAACCCCUCAAUCACACAAUCCCACAAAGAAGAGUAGCAUGUUAUUCAGAUUAUGAGGGUGAGCAGACCAUAUAUUCAUUCAGUCAAGAAUACUCAUUUAGCCAGUCACAACCAGGGGUUCACAAGCUUCACAAACAAUAA